GGCGGGCGUGCUCUAGGUCACGUGAUAGUGGAAUGCUGUGACGUUUUGUUUGGCAUGUUGGGGGUCUCGCAUGUGCUGUGAAGUCGACCAACACGGAUAGAAUUAAAAGACUUCCACUACCAGGCUUUCCACUACCAGGCUUGAAUAACCAGAAAUCAGAAGAAAAGUUAAAGUUCGUGAAAUUGGAAAAAUAGAGAUCAACAUGAAGUAUAGUUAGGGGAUUGAAAGCUGGCCAGCCUGCCAUAUGUGUGUAAAUAGAUCAACACAAGAUUCACACAAAUGCUGUUUUCCAAAGAAUGUUACGACAAGCUGAAGAGCAAAAGAAAGAAGAUAAUGCGAGAAGGGAUGCACCAGUGACAGAGGGUGGAACCGAGAGGGAGAGCAGGGGCCAUAAUACUGGAGAUACCAUUGCCCACAAAGAUGUUGCUGAUUCAAGUAAGACGUUUCUGGCGCCACCGCUCGAUUCCAAAGCGUUGAUGUGUCCCCCGUGUCCUGACGUAUACAACUGUCUCUCUCUGAUGGUCUUCUGUACGUCCUGUCCCAACUCCGAUGGUGUCUUUUCCCAGGAGUCAAAGGAGACAACGCCAACGAGCUUAAUGCAGUCCUGCACAAUGCCGCUGACGUUUUCAACACCUACGUACAGCUUGCCUGAUCCCAUGAUGCUGUCGUCAUCAGCGCUGAUGCCCAGUAUGAUUCCGCACCCAUCAGAAAUGGCAAAUGGGGGAUCAUCUUCUCAGCUGUGCCCUGAGGAACCGGCGAAGACAGCCAUGACGGCCAAGCCUGGCUGUUACGAGUGUCUGUGGAUGCGCUGCGGCCAGACGUUCUACAACAUUGACGCCCUGGUGGUGCACGUCAAUGACGACCACGUCAAGGUGGAGCGGCCUGACAUCGACUACCAGUGCAAGUGGACCGGCUGUCCCCGUCUCGGCAAGGGUUUCAAUGCCAGAUACAAGAUGUUGAUUCAUAUCCGCACACACACCAACGAGAAGCCUCACCGGUGCGGCAUGUGUGGAAAGUGUUUCUCGCGGCUCGAAAACCUCAAGAUACACAACCGCUCUCACACAGGAGAAAAGCCUUAUGUGUGUCCAUUUGAGGGUUGCAACAAGGCGUACUCCAAUUCAAGUGACCGCUUCAAGCAUGUUCGCACUCACCAAGAAGAGAAGCCCUACUUGUGUAAAAUGCCAGGAUGUAGUAAACGGUACACGGAUCCGAGUUCGCUUCGUAAACACGUGCGCACACACGGCCACUACUACCGCGGGGAGGUUUUGCAGCCUGCAACCCCUCGCCCUUGCCAACCCUCGACACCUGUUUCUCAUUCCCUUUCAUCAGGGUUUAUUAAUCUCAGUCCAAAUGGUGGCAUGUUGCAUCCAUCACCGUCGCCACAAUUCAUCCCGAUGCGAAACGACAUCUUCCCCAUGCCUGGACUACAGACAGCCACACAGUCUAACUCUCUUCUGCCUCCACACAUUCUCCAUGGUGCUGUUUCCAUGGUUUCAUCCCAUGUGGCAGACAUUUUACCAAGGGCAGUGACUCCGCUUCCCAUGCCUGUUCUGAAAAUUGAACAAAGUAUGUGUGGUGUAGGUGGUUGUGCGAUGAUGGAGAACGAGAGAUCUCAGGAUGCGCCGUUGGAUCUUUCACGGAGUCCACAAGCCGAUUCGCCAGACUCUGACGUACCUGGUUCACUGAACACACCAGUCAGUUGCGCAAACUCUGUGAAGCAGAAAUUCUUGCAGAGAGACCUUAAGAAUGGUCUCCUUGAUCUGUCCAAUCAUUCCAUGGGUGACCCAGCAAAGAGCUCAUUUCCCGCCAUGUCCUGGAGUUCAGUGCUUCUAAACGGUCCAUACUCAUCCAAACCAGUCAGCCAUGACUUUUCUUGCUGCCUUCUGCCACAUUGAAACAAAAAACGAAAAAAGAGAGACACCUGAUAAACUUACAUAAAAAUUCAGCCCUUGAAAUUCAUGACAGCCAUCAACAGUGCUAUUGUAAAACAUUAUUGCAUAAUUGAUCUUUGAUGGCAUUUUUAUCAUAGGGUAUUUACUUUGCCGUUAUCUCUGUUAAAUUGGUGAUGAAAGACAAUGUGAAUUUUGAAGGUUGAUAAUAUUGUGCCUUCUCAAGAUAUGCUCAAUAGAUUUUGGUUGCUUUUGAAUGAUAUAUGUUUUUGUUUGAGUCAAACAUUGAAAUAAGUCGAGAAGAACUGCUAAAUAGAUUUUGGUUGCUUUUGAAUGAUAUAUGUUUUUGUUUAAUUUAGUCAGACAUUGAAAGAUGUUGAAAACAGUCAUGAAUGGUACUUUGUUCUUGACAAAAUUCUCAAAUGGACAAUUUUUUGUUACAUUCACUUGCUUUGUUUCAGUAUAAAAUCACAGAAAUUUGUUCUUGACUUUGACAUUUCGUACUCAUAAUCAGUUUACUGUAGGACUUAAUGGUAACAAUCAUAGGAAGUGUAAACUUUAUAAAUAUGACAUAACCUAUAGGUUAUCAGAGGACUAAUUCAAUAAACUCUUGCAGUGUUGCAAUCUCACAGUGCCAUGUGAGAAGACUUGCAAGUACAAUACAGUUUUACUUAAAGGAUUUGUGAACAGCGUCUAAAUAUUGUAACUGUGUAAAUAUAUGAUGCCAAAUAUGACUAAAAAAAUAAUUUACAAAAUAUAUAAAAAUUAUUUCACAACUUAAAAGCAGUACAAUUCGUAAUUCUGACAUCGUUGGGAAAUAUGCAUAUUUUACCGGCAAAGAUCGGCAAUUUCCGUGAUGACGUCAGAGACGCUGUCCAACCGUGAACCGCUAUUCAGUAGCCUAUUGUUUGCCAUUACAAAAGCGUGCUUUCUUCGAACAACACUGAGUUAAAUUACGGAAUUAUCCUUUAUAAUAUGGUUUAUUGUGUGGCAUGGGGAUGUCAAAACCAAUCAAAAAAGGGAUCAGGAAUCAGCUUUUUUAGGUUUCCGCCGGAAGGUGAUUCUAGAAGGAACAUUUGGAUCCAUCGGUGUCAGAGAGGUGAGAAGGGAUGGACACCAAAAUGUACAAGUCGGUUGUGUUCGGCACAUUUCGAAAAGGAUGCUUUCGCUCGGGACCCGGUUGAAAUGGCUAAGAUGGGAUACAGCAAUGCAAGAAUCUCG